CGAACACCACUCUAUAAAUCGUCCCCUCCUGUAGCACUUUACAAACCCUAGAAAUUCUUCAAUCUUCUCAGCGCCUCUCUCACACAGCACUAAGCUCCUCCAUCUCCGAACCAAAUACUUAGCUAAAAUGGCAGUCACAUUCUAUGAUGUCAAAUCGCCAUCUGGCCUGAAGAAGCUUGACGAUUACCUGCUUACACGCAGUUACAUUACAGGCUAUCAAGCUUCGAAGGACGAUAUCACUGUUCAUGCAGCACUCUCCGAGGCUCCAUCAGCUGAAUUUGUUAAUGUGUCUCGGUGGUACAAUCACAUCGAUGCACUCUUGAGGAUCUCUGGUGUUUCUGAAGAAGGUUGUGGUGUCAUUAUUGAGGGAGCUGCCCCCAUCGAAGAGGAGGCGAUUGCAACCCCUCCUGUAGGUGACACAAAGGCUGCUGCUGCUGAGGAUGAUGAUGAUGAUGAUGUGGACCUUUUCGGUGAAGAGACCGAAGAGGAGAAGAAGGCUGCUGAGGAACGUGCUGCUGCUGUCAAGGCAUCUGGCAAAAAGAAAGAGUCUGGCAAGUCAUCAGUUCUUUUGGAUGUGAAGCCAUGGGAUGAUGAAACUGAUAUGAAAAAGCUUGAGGAAGCAGUAAGAAGUGUUCAGAUGGAAGGGUUGCUUUGGGGAGCAUCUAAACUUGUACCAGUUGGGUAUGGUAUCAAGAAAAUGACGAUAAUGCUUACCAUUGUGGAUGACUUGGUGUCUGUUGACACUCUCAUUGAGGAACAUCUUACAGUCGAACCAAUUAAUGAAUAUGUCCAGAGCUGUGACAUUGUAGCCUUCAACAAAAUAUAAUUGGAGGAUGUGCUUGUAUGUGUUGUUGCUGGGGAUGUUGCAGUCUUUGCAGGGAUUGAAGACCUUUAUGCAUGGCUAAUGUUAUUUAUAUUUUUUAUUUUGAAUCUUUAUAUUCCAAAUUUUGUUUGUUGGAAUUUAAUUUAAGUUUUAAGUUGUGGAUUAUGGUCCCGGUGAAGCAAAUGGUGUCUAUUACUAAUAUUAUAUUGAUCAUUGCAGUAUCUGUAUUCUACAAGGUAUAAA